CAAUGGAAAAAUGUAUAAGCCAAAAGCAAAUUAUACACUAUCAACAGACCAAAUAAAACAAGUCUGUCAUUGGGUAAAAGGUCUUAGGAUGCCUGAUGGAUAUUCUUCUAACUUGUCAAGGUGUGUUGAUGUGAAUAGGGGAAAGCUCAUUGGGAUGAAAAGUCAUGAUUGCCAUGUGUUUAUGGAAUGCUUACUUCCUAUAGCGUUUAGUUCUUUACCGGCUCAUGUUCUGAAUCCCAUUACAGAGAUAAGUCAUUUCUUUAGAGAUUUGUGUUCUACAACAUUGAACAAGGAUGACCUGGCGAAGAUGCAAGAAAACAUUCCCAUCAUUCUGUGCAAGAUGGAGAGAAUAUUUCCUCCCUCAUUCUUUGAUUCUAUGGAACAUCUCCCUAUCCAUCUUCCAUAUGAGGCACGACUUGGUGGACCAGUCCACUAUAGGUGGAUGUACCCAUUUGAAAGGUACCCAUAUGACAUGUUAUUGUUCAAUUUACCAGGCAUAAUUCAAAAACCCUAACACAUCAAUUUCAAAUUUGUAGGUUCAUGGGAUAUGCUAAACGUUCAGUAAAGAAUAAGGCUAGGGUUGAAGGAUCUAUUUGCGCAUCAUACUUGCACAGAGAAACAACUCAUUUUUGUUCCCACUAUUUCAAAAGCUUCAUGUUAACACCACAAAGCAAUAGAAAUGAAGUAGACAUUGAAAUAGAAAGCUUUACGACAACAUUAUCAGUGUUUAACCAACCUGGCCGUCAUUCUGGAAGGGAAUCAACACAUUGGUUAAGUGAUGAAGAAUUGAGAUCAGCUCAUGUUCAUGUAUUGAUCAAUUGCAAUGAAGUUGAACCUUACCUUCACUCAUUCUUACAUGUCUAUCAACUAUCUGAGUCAAACAGUUCGACAUACGUACAUGCUAAUUUCCCAUUGUGGUUCAGGCAAAAAGUUCAUAACGAUCCUUUAAGUGUGAGAAACCAACAUCUUAGAGAUUUAUCACUUGGUGCUUUAAGGUGUGUAAAGGAAUGGCACACCUUCUUUGCUAAUGGAUACAAAUUUCAUACCCAUGCAUGGAGUCAGGGCAAGAGGACAAUAAAUAGUGGGGUUCAUGUUAAAGGGCUAACAGAAGGAGGUCAAGAUGAUUUUUAUGGUGUCAUUAAACACAUCUAUGAGUUCGAAUACAAUUCAACAACCACUGAAAAGAAAAUUGUAUUAUUUUAUUGUGAUUGGUUUGAUCCAUCGAGAGUAGGUACAAGGGUGGAUUCAAAGUAUGGCAUUGUGGAUAUUCGAAUGGAUAAAAGAUAUGUGUUGUUUGAUCCUUUUAUCAUUGCACAUAAUGUACAACAAGUGUAUUAUGUACCAUAUCCUACAUCACGCACGGACAAACGAGGUUGGUGUGUUGCGAUAAAAACGAAGCCUAGAGGUCGCAUUGAUUCUAAUGAUGUAGAAGCCGAUGUGCCAUACCAAGUGGAGGAAAUGUCACAUGUUAAUGACAUCAUUCAAGUUGAAGAAGUAGUCCGAUUACAAGAUGUAGACGCUGGUCUUGAAGAAGUGAACCCUAACAAUAUUUCAUCAUUUCAAGGGCAGAUAGAUGAAGAUACAACGGAAUCAGAAGAAUACAAUGCAGAGGAACAGAGUGAAGAUGACAAUGAAGAUGAAUUUCAUAGUUCUAGCACUGAAUAGAGUUAGGGUGUGUUCCUCCUUAUUGUUGUUGCAUUUAUAAUG